CCUGAGCUCCAGCAGAAACGCGCAAAGAUGCUCUGAAAGCAAGACUGCAGCAUCUCCGAGUCAGAGCCUCCAAAAACAUCGCAUCUCCUCCAAGCGCUCGUCCAUCCAGCUCUAUCUGCAGGGUUUGCCCACCUGCAUGCGGGAUCCGCUGUUUUUGUCUCUCGCCUCUUGUACAUUUCCCGUUGCUAUUUAUUAUCCGCGCACAUCUUCCCAGUUUUUAGCAGUGAAUCUUUUGAGUUCUGCUGACCACUGAGGUCAUAGAUUGUUUCCAGCAGGAGAGCGCCAUCGCAAGCCACGAGUGAGGACGUGUCCCCACAUCACUUCUUAUUAAUAUCAGUGCAACCUGAGCAUAAUCGAGCUACUGGAUAUCGAUGCGUCUUUCGUUCUGUAUCUAGGCUGCUACGGAGGAUCGACGCAGCCCACACAUUCAUAUCAUCGUGGUUUCACAUUUAGAAACGACCAUAUCUGCGUAUCGCGUCUAGGGAAAACGAGAGCGAGCCUAAAGCUUCUUUAUAAAAAAUGAUGGCCGGUGGGGCAGUGCAGCAAAACGGGAUUUUCUCCAAUCCGCAUCAUCACAAUCAGCAGCCGCACAUGGAGUCUGAUCCCCCCGAUUCCCGCAAAAGACCCCUGGAGACCCCAACGGAGGCCAGCAGCACCAAACGCACAAACACAGGAGAGAGAUGCAACCAAGCGGCCAUCCAUGAUCCACCAUUUUCAUCAUCAGAUUUUGUCGGAUUUCACGAGGAAGGCGAAUAUUUCUUGAAGGUGCUGAUUCCAAGCUACGCCGCAGGCUCCAUUAUUGGCAAAGGUGGUCAGACUAUCGUCCAGCUACAGAAAGAGACAGGGGCCACCAUCAAGCUGUCCAAAUCCAAAGACUUCUACCCGGAGGAAGGCGAAUAUUUCUUGAAGGUGCUGAUUCCAAGCUACGCCGCAGGCUCCAUUAUUGGCAAAGGUGGUCAGACUAUCGUCCAGCUACAGAAAGAGACAGGGGCCACCAUCAAGCUGUCCAAAUCCAAAGACUUCUACCCGGGAACAACAGAGCGUGUCUGCUUGAUCCAGGGCACUGUAGAGGCGCUGAACAGCGUCCAUGACUUCAUCGCAGAGAAGGUGCGGGAGAUGCCACAGAGCGCUCAGAAAACAGAGCCGGUUAGCAUACUUCAGCCACAGACCACCGUCAACCCUGAUGGAACAACAGAGCGUGUCUGCUUGAUCCAGGGCACUGUAGAGGCGCUGAACAGCGUCCAUGACUUCAUCGCAGAGAAGGUGCGGGAGAUGCCACAGAGCGCUCAGAAAACAGAGCCGGUUAGCAUACUUCAGCCACAGACCACCGUCAACCCUGACCGUGUCAAACAGGCCAAGCUCAUAGUGCCCAACAGCACGGCAGGGCUGAUCAUCGGCAAGGGUGGCGCCACGGUGAAGGCCGUCAUGGAGCAGUCCGGCGCUUGGGUCCAGCUCUCACAGAAACCUGAAGGCAUCAACCUGCAGGAGCGCGUUGUCACCAUCAGCGGGGAGCCUGAGCAGAACCGCAAGGCUGUGGAGAUCAUUGUGCAGAAGAUCCAGGAGGACCCACAGAGCAGCAGCUGUCUGAACAUCAGCUACUCCAACAUCUCCGGCCCUGUGGCCAACUCCAACCCCACCGGUUCCCCAUACGCCAACUCGGCAGAGGUGAUGCCGGCUGCUGCGGCUGCGGCGGCAGCCACGGCCUCCAGUCUCCUAGGGCAGGCCAGUCUGGCUGGAGUGGGCGCUUUCCCCACCACCAUGUCCAGCUUCUCAGGAAACGACCUGCUGACUAUCACAUCCGCGCUGAACACGUUAGCCAGCUACGGAUACAAUACCAACUCCCUGGGCCUAGGUCUCAACCCUGCGGCUGCCUCAGGAGUCCUCGCCGCUGUGGCCGCAAGCGCCAACCCCGCCGCAGCCGCGGCCGCCAACCUGCUAGCCUCCUACGCCAGCGACGCAUCCACCAGCUCCGGCCACCCGGCGACCAGCCUGGGAGGCUUCACGCUAGGAUCGCUCGCCGCCGCCACCGGAGCCACCAAUGGCUACCUGAGCGCCGCUUCCCCACUGAUGGCGAGCUCCCUGCUGGCCACCGAGAAGCUGACCGAGGGUCACAAAGAUGUGGUGGAGAUUGCGGUGCCGGAGAACUUGGUGGGUGCCAUUUUGGGGAAGGGAGGCAAAACGCUUGUGGAGUACCAAGAACUGACGGGAGCCCGCAUUCAGAUCUCCAAAAAGGGAGAGUUUGUUCCUGGCACCAGAAACCGUAAAGUUACCAUUACCGGAUCACCAGCCGCCACACAGGCAGCCCAAUAUCUUAUCAGCCAGCGAAUCACAUACGAGCAGGGUGUGAGGGCCACCAAUCCGCAGAAGGUGGGCUAAAAACAGGGAGUAUGAAAAAAGGAGAGAAAAAGAGUGGGGGAUGGGGAAGAUACAGAGAAAGAUGGAGGGCACGAAUAUCGACAGAAAUCAGCCACAUUCGUUGUGGGAAAAAUCUCAGUAUUAAAAAAAAUGGAAAGAAUUCCUUUCAAAGUGGAAAAUUUGAAAAAGAAAAAUGUGUAAAAUGUAAAUAUGGGUUUAAUCCUUAAAUUCGGGAUUUUUAUUGGUUGAUUUUUUUUUUGUUUUUGUUUUGUUUUUGUGCAUUUUCUGGACAGCAGUGAAUGGCAUUUCAACCUGGCAUGCUGCCGCGCUGCAGUUCCCAGCAGGUGGGCAAGGUGGUCGGAUGGGGGACAAUGGGGUGGAGCAAUCCCAGGAAUCGGCCCUUUCCCCACCCCCAUCCCCUCCUAGCUGACAGAUUUUUGUUCUUUAAUUUUUUAGUCCUUAGUUUAACUCCCACCCUUUCGCCCAUGCCUUCUCUUUAAGAGGGCCUGAGACUGAUUAUAUACC